AUGGAGGCUAGUGCCAAGAAAAAGCAGUUCAAGAAGGGUCGGAGUGCCACCUUCAGCAUUGACGGCUUCAACAUCACUAUAGUGGCAAAUGAGGAUGGGGAGAGAGCUCAAAAACCAUUGGCCAGUUUUGAACGUUCAAAGUCCCAGAGUGCCUUGUGGAAUGCCAUCACGGCAGGCAUUGGUAUCAAAGGCAAAGGGCAGAAGGCCCACCUCAGUGACCUGCGCAGUCCUGAGGAGAUUCUGGCAGAUGAGCUGCCUGCAGGGGACGGACCCGAGGCCACUGAGAAAACAGCCAUCAGGUUAAGAUGCCUAGUGAAACAGCUAGAAAGAGGAGAGGCAUCCCUUGUCGACCUGAAGAAAAACCUCGAGUAUGCAGCAUCCGUGUUGGAAUCGGUGUACAUUGAGGAGACGAGAUGGCGUUUGGUGGACACAGAGGAUGAGCUGAGUGAUAUCCAGUCAGAGUCGGUGCCGUCAGAGGUGCGGGACUGGCUAGCGUCGACUUUCACCCGCCAGAUGGGACUGAUGCUGCGGCGUACGGAAGAAAAGCCCCGCUUUCGCAGCAUUGUCCACGCCGUGCAGGCCGGCAUUUUUGUUGAGAGGAUGUACAGACGCACCUCCAACAUGGUGGGACUCAGUUACCCUCCUUCAGUCAUAUCUGUGCUUAAGAAUGUGGACAAGUGGUCAUUCGAUGUGUUUGCUUUGAACGAGGCCAGCGGGGACCACGCUCUCAAAUUCAUAUUCUAUGAGCUGCUCACAAGAUACGAUCUCAUUAGCCGCUACAAGAUCCCCAUCUCUGCGGUGGUGUCGUUCGUGGAAGCCCUGGAGGUGGGCUACAGCAAACAUAAAAACCCCUACCACAACCUGAUGCAUGCUGCCGAUGUCACACAGACAGUACACUACCUUCUGCUCAAGACUGGCAUGGUGCAUUGGUUGACAGAGCUGGAGAUCUUUGCCAUGAUCUUUGCAGCGGCAGUACACGACUAUGAGCACACAGGGACCACAAACAACUUCCACAUUCAGACAAGGUCAGACACAGCAAUUCUGUACAAUGACCGCUCGGUGCUGGAGAGUCACCAUGUCAGCGCAGCGUACCGCCUACUGCAAGAUGAUGAUGAAAUGAAUAUCCUCUACAACCUCUCCAAGGAUGACUGGAGAGAGCUGCGGGCCCUGGUGGUGGAGAUGGUGCUGGCUACAGACAUGUCCUGCCACUUUCAGCAGGUCAAGGCCAUGAAGAACUUCCUGCAGCAGCCUGAGGGCAUUGACAAGCCCAAGGCCCUGUCUUUGCUGCUGCACACCGCGGACAUCAGCCACCCGGCCAAAAACUGGGACCUCCACCACCGCUGGACCACCUCCCUCCUGGAGGAGUUCUUCAGACAGGGGGAUAAGGAGGCAGAGCUUGGGCUGCCGUUCUCACCACUUUGUGACCGCAAGUCCACGAUGGUGGCACAGUCCCAAAUCGGAUUCAUAGACUUCAUCGUGGUGCCCACCUUCACUGUACUGACGGACAUGACAGAGCGCAUUGUUACGCCGCUCAUCGACGAAGCCUCCCACUCGAGGCUUGCCAGCUUCCGACGCUCCAGUCUGAACAGUAUUAGCUCAGAGGACGAUGCUAAGCGGGGCAGUGUGAAGAGCACAGGGUCAGACGGCAACUCGCCAGCUCAGUGCUCCCUGCUGACGGUGGACCUGAAGAACUUCAAGGCCUUGUGGAAUGAAGAGGUCCACCAGAACAGGGAGCGGUGGAAGGCGCAGGCUGAUAAAGAGGCUAUGGAGAUAGCGAAGAAGGAAGCAGAGGAGCAGGCCCAGCAGGAAGAGGCUAUGGAGCCUCAAGAGGUCCAGACAAAAUCAGAACAGCCUGAACCGAAGGAGGAAAAAGUGGAGGGUGAAGAGCCAGAGUCGAGUGAUGUCAAUGGACCACAAGAUGGUAACAAAGACGAAACAAAUCAGGAAGCACAGCCUGAGAGUGCCGCACACAAAAAUCAGCCCUUGCAGAAUGGUAGGUCUCUUUUGCUAAUUAUACAAUCCUGUCACACAUAUCAUUAAUCCGCUGUACAUAUCACA